UUUAGCCACUGAUCGAAUCACUCAGCAAUGUUUUAUCAUAGCUACAAAACGUUGUCACAUGUAUAUAAGUUUGCCUUUGCUAAUUCUGCAUUAUGGUCAGGUAGUAGAAUUUUCCCACCACCUCCAAUGAUGUGUAAGCACGAAGUUCGUUUUAAGAUUUCAGGUGUUCAUGAAAGAUCAUCACAAGAAAAACAGAAGGCACACAUGGCACGAGGCCUUCCCAAACAAAAACCAAUAACUGGUGUUAAAGAGGUCAUUGUUGUUGCAUCAGGAAAAGGUGGUGUAGGAAAAUCUACAACAGCAGUGAAUCUUGCUCUUGGUCUUCUGGCUAAUGAUCGGAGUAAGUCAGUGGGACUUUUAGAUGCUGAUGUUUAUGGUCCCUCAGUUCCAAAGCUGAUGAAUCUAAAAGGAAACCCAGAGUUAACAGAGAAUAACCUAAUGAGACCCCUUAUGAAUUUUGGGAUCCCUUGUAUGUCAAUGGGUUUUCUCAUUGAAGAUACUGUGCCCAUUGUGUGGAGAGGUCUAAUGGUAAUGUCAGCCAUUGAGAAGCUCCUAAGGCAGGUAGACUGGGGUUUUUUGGAUUACUUAGUAAUAGACAUGCCACCUGGAACGGGGGACAUCCAACUCUCUAUAAUACAGAAUGUCCCAAUAGCAGGUGCUGUGAUAGUGUCCACUCCACAGGACAUUGCCUUGGUAGAUGCACGCAGAGGUGCUGAGAUGUUCCGCAAGGUUAAAGUGCCGGUUCUGGGCUUGGUUCAAAACAUGAGUGUUUUCCAGUGUCCCCAGUGCCACCACCAGACGCACAUCUUUGGGUCAGAUGGGGCUAAAGAAUUGGCUCAUACUCUUGGAGUAGAGGUUCUUGGUGACAUUCCGCUUCAUCUCAACAUCAGAGAGACCUCAGACACAGGUCAGCCUGUGGUUGUGUCGUCUCCUAACAGUCCUGAGGCUAAAGCAUACAGGAGAGUAGCCUCAGCAGUGGUGCGUCGACUUGCAGACAAGGCCCUUUGAAGCACUUCAACACUUAUCCAGAGCCCUGGGGCCUGAAGGACUCUCCUAGAGCAUUCAAUGAGCACAUGUCCAGAACAAAUUUACUGUUAUCACAUUUGUUACAUUUAAUGAGAGCAAAAAAUCUAACUUUUUAAAGAUAGUCCCUGGGGCUGCGAGUGCUUCACUAUAUCAUGACUGUGGAUGAAGAGUAUUCCAGCAUGUGAGGCUCAUCCAUGGAGAAAACCAGUUUGCUGAAACUUCAGCCUGCAACAGCUUGCCAGUCCAGUUUCUAGUGGGGUUGAUAGUUGGCACUCUGGAAGACAGAUGGGUAACCACAAAAGAGAAUUCUUGGGUUAUUAAGAUCAGUUUAGGUUAAAUCCUGGCUUAACAGUGAUUUGAUAUAUAACUAGUUGAAUUAUUAUUGCAGAGCUAGACUUCAUCAUGGCAGUUUGGUCUCCAGUAAACCCUGGCUAUGUUGCAGUUGCUUCAAGAUAUGCCCAUCAGGUGUUUUAUUGCAGACGAGAGUCUCUGAGCCAAACUGAAUGGGGCAGAAGAUGUAAUCCCAAAUCGGACCAGUGUACCACAGACACUUUUUUCACAAAAGACCCAUGGCAUUAAACAAUAUUGUUUGAAGUAUUGAAGAAGCUAAAAAAAAUUUAAAUGCCUGAUCCACUGUUACUCAUGGACAGUGAUUAAAUGGUUUAAAGAUGGAAAUUUCGGCAGAUUUUUAAAAAAUUUGUUCUGAAUAUAAUUAUUCAUUUUAUUGCUUUAGGAAUGUAACAAUACUGUUUCUGCACUGAGUUCUCAUAUAAUGCGCUGCCAUUUGUUGUGAACCUGUAGUUUUUCAGUCACUGUAUUAUUAAUGCACUUCUCUGUUAUCACGUAAUCAAGUUUUUAUAUUGCAUCUUUAGUUUUUUUUUUUUUGUUUUUUUUUUAAAAAGCACAAUUAAACUUGCUAUGCAAUGAGA